CAUUUCCUGAAACCGAAGCUGCCGGGGAGAAACGCUGCGUUUCCAGGAAGGCUGUGCCGGAAUCACGGACCGUCGGGGUCCGAUUGCGCGUCCUGAGUGCUUGUCGCCUUCUCUGGGAUGAAAGUACCUCAGCCUUCAAGGGCCUUCUUUAUGGAGAAUCAAUGCCUCUCGUAGGUAAUUGAUCACCGUAGACCCAGGGACACUUAAUUCAUCCUGGAGGGUGGGUAAUCAUCAUGAAUAAUCACGAUGCUGUGGCUUCCAUACUGCAUGAGUGCAAGCAAGUGCUGGAUCGUCUCUUGUUGGAAACGCCAGAUGUGUCUACAGAGGACAAGAGUGAGGACCAGCGGUGCAGAGCUUCACUCCCCAGCGAGCUAAGGACCCUGAUCCAGGAGGCAAAGGAAAUGAAGUGGCCCUUCGUGCCUGAAAAGUGGCAGUACAAACAAGCCAUGAGCCCAGAGGACAAAACAAACCUGCAAGAUGUGAUUGGCGCCGGGCUGCAGCAGUUGCUGGCGGCCUUGCGAGCCUCGAUCCUCGUCCAGGACUGCGCCGCGGCCGCGGCUAUUGUCUUCUUGAUGGACCGGUUCCUGUACGGACUCGACGUCUCGGGAAAGCUCCUGCAGGUCGCCAAAGGCCUGCACAAGUUGCAGCCGGCCACGCCGAUCGCCCCCCAGCUGGUCAUCCGCCAAGCCCGGAUUUCAGUCAACUCAGGGAAACUGCUAAAGGCCGAGUACAUCCUGAGCAGCCUAAUAAACAACCAUGGAGCAACUGGUACCUGGCUGUACAGAAAUGAAAGCGACAAGGUCCUGGUGCAGUCGGUCUGUAUACAGAUCAGAGGGCAAAUCCUGCAAAAGCUAGGCAUGUGGUAUGAAGCAGCCGAAUUGAUAUGGGCCUCGGUCAUAGGCUACUUGACGCUCCCUCAGCCGGAUAAGAAGGGCAUUUCCACAUCACUGGGAAUACUGGCGGACAUCUUUGUUUCCAUGAGCCAAACAGAUUAUGAAAAGUUUAAGAACAGCCCACAAGUUAACUUGGCUUUGCUCAAGGAGCUUGACCACCGUUUGUUGUCAGCUGCGGAAGCCUGCAAACUGGCAGCUGCCUUCAGUGCCUACACACCCCUGUUUGUGCUCACGGCUGUGAAUAUCCGUGGCACUUGUUUAUUGUCCUACAGUUGUUCUGCCGACUGUCCUCCGGGAAUGAAACCUGUGUAUCUACGUGAAGCUAAAGAGGCUUUUGAGAUUGGCCUCCUGACCAAGAAAGAUGGUGAGCUGGUUAGUGGCAAGCAGGAGCUGCACAGCUUCAUCAAAGCUGCUUUUGGCCUCGCCACGGUGCACUGCAGACUGCAUGGGGAGACAGAUGCAGUCCGUGCAGCAAGGCGCCUCUGCAGUGAAGCUAUGGGAAGGCUCUAUGCCUUCAGCACAUCCUCCGCAAGCCAGCAGCGAGAAGCCCUGUCUCAAGAAAUCAUGUCUCUCGUCAGCCAGGUGAAGGGACAUCUACAGGUUCAAAGAUUUCCAAAGUUAGAUGAUAGAUCUUAUGUCCCAGAGAGUUUCCAGUGUGGCUUGGAUAAGCCCAUCUUGCACGGGCAUGUGGAUUUCCAACAAAUUCUUCAAACCUACUCCCAGCACCAUACUUCAGUGUGCGAGGUAUUUGAAAGCACUUGCGGGAACAGCAAAAGCAACCAGAAAGACACAAAAGCAGAGGUCUGCAUCACUGCUCUGAAAACAGAAACAAACACCGUGGAUACUGUAGGUGCUACUCUAGAGAAAAUGUGCUCUCAAGAGGGCAGGGCUACAGCCUCCUCCCAGGCAGCUAAGAAAGAUCAGGAGGAGCUCCAAAGAGCAAGGAGAAGAUGGACCCACUCUGAGGCAUUUCGAGUCUCCCUUGAUCAAGAUGUGGGGACCGAGACAGAGCCACCAAGCCGCAGCAGUGGCUGGGCAGGUGUUUCAAAGUCUCUGAGCGACAGCCGUAGCUCCAGCUCUUGGAGCAAACUGUCAGGGCUCAGCUCUUCUACCAGCUGGGAGGAAGUGAAUAUAGAUAUAGAAAGGAAAGAAUCUGGCCAAGAGGAAAAUCUUGUGGACACUCAGUGUUCCACGGCCGUGUCUGAGGAGCCCAAGGGGGACAGAAGCUGCAGAGCUACGAAUUUGCUGUUUUCAAAGCUCCGUGGCUUCUCCCUUCAGGCAACUGAAGAUCACAACUUAGAGUCCUUACAAAGUCCAUUGCAAAAGCACACGCUGAUAAAGCCCAUCCUUCCUCUCAGCACAACAGACACUUGCUUGGGCGCCGGAGCAGGGCCAUUAGAUGCCCCUGAAGGAAUCCAGGUCAGAAAUGCAGGACCUAGGAAUACGUCUCUUCAGUCCAGUCCUUCCCAUGGUUCUGCUUCUGGGUCCUUGUCUAGUUCUGGCAGGUUCACAGACAUGGCCACAUAUCCUUCAAUUCAAGAAGAUGAAAGCUGUGAAAUAACUGGUGGUUUUCCAGAACCCGAGCGUAACUUCAAAGACUGGUGUAGAGGAAAGAACAGGGAAAAACUCACUGAAAGAUGCACAGGGGGGCAUUCACUUACAUACGCCCCCUCCUUGGUUGACCCGGAAGGAGAAACAGCAGAAAACACAGAAGAUGGGCCAUCACACUCUCAGGUAGUCCUGGGACAUUUAGAAGGCAACCAUUCACUGCCGACAUGUAGGACUUUCUCUCCUCACGGGUCUGUUCAAACUGUUAACUUAGCCAAGGCUGGCAGUUCAGCCGAAGACCAGGGCAUCAACCCUGAUGCCUCUACGGUGGAUGAGGAGGCCCAAAUGCUUGACAGCACAGAGGUCUACUCCACUGGCCAAGAUGGCACUCACAGACCAGGAGUUCUGAGGUCCUGUCAGAGAGAUGAGAGGCCAAAUGCCUCUGUGAAUGGCUACAGUCCCUUCCCUGCCCUGGGGGAGGACUGCAGCACCACAGAAGAAAAGGAAGUUGGAAGCAUGUUCAAGUACAGCCAGAACUCUAGCUCUGGUUCACAGGGCUGGCUGAAGUCAUCUGCCUUUUCCAGCAGCAGUUCCUUAGAGGGGGAAAGCUCAUGGUCCCUUUUGAACUCCAGCAGAACUUCCUUCAUCCCAUUGCCAGGACAGACCAGGCAAGAGAUCCUUGAGGCUCGCACGCUACAGCCUGACGACCUGGAAAAACUUCUGGCAGGCGUGAGGCAUGAUUGGCUACUUCAGAGACUGGAGAAUACAGGAGUUUUGAAGUCCAACCAACUCCAACGAGCACACAAUGCCCUUCUGCUGAAAUAUUCCAAAAAGUCUGAGCUAUGGACAGCCCAGGAAACCGUGGCGUAUUUGGGAGAUUACCUGAAAGUGAAGAAGAAAGGCAAGCAGAGAAAUGCGUUUUGGGUCCACUACCUUCAUCAAGAAGAAACUCUGGGGAGGUAUUAUUGGAAAACAUAUGUCGGCAAGGAAUACAAAGAGCGGAAGGGGCUCCGGCACCACUUCACUGAUGUGGAGCGGCAGAUGACGGCGCAACACUACGUGACAGAGUUUAACAAGAGGCUCUACGAGCAAAAGAUUCCAACCCAGAUAUUCUACAUCCCAUCCACAAUCCUGCUGAUUUUGGAAGACAAGACUAUAAAGGGAUGCAUCAGUGUGGAACCUUACAUACUCGGAGAAUUUGUCAAGUUAUCAAAUAACACAAAAGUGGUCAAAACUGAGUACAAAGCUACAGAAUAUGGCUUGGCUUACGGCCAUUUUUCUUAUGAGUUUUCUAAGCACAGAGACGUGGUCGUUGAUUUGCAAGGUUGGGUGACUGGUAACGGAAAAGGCCUCAUUUAUCUCACAGACCCUCAGAUUCACUCUGUUGAUCAGAAAGACGUUACUACAAACUUCGGAAAGCGGGGGAUAUUUUAUUUCUUUAAUAACCAACAUGCAAGCUGUAAUGAAAUAUGCCAUCGCCUUUCUCUGACUAGACCUUCGCUAGAGAAAACAAGUAAGACGUAGGCUGGGAACCAAGUGUUCAAAUCCCCAAGACUGUAGGGAUAUUCUCAUUUAAGCCACUACAUUCUACUCACUAGCCUGUUAGGCUCCUGGUCAUAUAAAACAAAACUCAUUUCAUCAAGCCUCAAAAAUCCCCAUAGUUUUUCACCGUCUCUGUACUGUUUCAAAUUCCAAAAUCACUUUUAAGACUCAAGGUUCUUCAUUGUAACUCUCUGAAAAAUCAAAAAGCAAAGUACAUACUUUCAACAUAUAAUGCUGCAGAACAUACAUUACCAUUCCCAAAGAGAGGAAGUAGGGCACAGUGAGGAAAUACUAGACCAAAGCAAGACAGAAACCUUCAGGGCAAAUAUCAAACCCAAAACCCCAGAUCUGGUGUCUGGGACUUUCAUUUCAUGGGGCUCACAUGGCUCUGCCCCUGAAGCUUUGCUGACAUCAUCAAUGCAUCUCUCUCUUGGGCUGGUUCCACUUCCUGUGAGCUGCCCUCCUUGGCAGAUAUCUCACAGCUCCGGCAUCUUCAACAUCCGGUGGUUUUCUAGUAGUUUCCAAUGAGGAAUGCUCCCCCAUAGUCUUGAGGGUUUGAACGCUGGGUCUCCUGUUGGUGGUACUGUUUGGGGAGGAUUAGGAGGUGUGGCUUUGCUGGAGGAGGUAUGUCAUUGGAGGUAGGCAUUGAAAGUUUUUAAAGACUCAUGUCAUUUCCGGUUUGCUCUCUCUGCUUUCUACUUGUGUCUGAAGAUACGUGCUCUCACCUUUCAUUCUGACCACCAACCUGCUGUUUGUUACCAUGUCUUUGUGCCAUGAAGUACUUGUCCCUCUAGAAGCAUAAGCUCAAAUAAACUCUCCUAUAAAUUGUU